AUGUCAUAUGAAAGGCCACCAUUACCUAUCCCAGGACCGAGGCCAUCUAGAAAUUCUGAGGACAUAAGUCCUCCGCCAUAUUCAGAGUAUGACCCACUGACUGGCUCACCACCACCAUUACCACCAAGACGCUCUCAUAAUGCAGCUUAUUCAACCAUCAUGCGUGAACCCCCUCCUCCACCUUUACCGCCUAGAAGACCAAAAAAUACUCGCUUAAUUGAUGGUGUCAGCAAUACCCUUCAAUCUGUUAGCAUUUCUGAUAGCAAUACAACUACUGGAACAAGUGCCAGUUCAAGCAAUAUAUUUGAUAGUGCAAUAUCAACGGAUCCACCCUCUGAUAUUUUCUUCAGAGUUAAUCAUGAGGUGCCCCUCCCUCCUGGAAUUCAGAAUUCUGGAAAACCAACAGAGACUAAUAAAUUUUAUGGAAAUAUCUUAUUAGGGAGUGGAACAAAUCCGGUAUGGACCCACCCAUAUUGUGUAUGGUAUUCAACUGACAGUUUUCCUGGAUUUGCUGUCAAUCAUGUUAAAGCAUCCCAAAGAGUGUUCGAUACUACGAAAACUCCACCCCAGUUCUUUUUUGGUCCAAAUGGUAUUAAGUCAUUAAUAUAUUCCUCUACCGACUUUAAUUCUGAAGCAGACAUAUCUCUAGGAUUUUCUAACAUAACACAUCUCUCUAUUCAUGUUCAGCUGAAGAAAUCUGAUACCGAAUACAUUGUUUUCCCAUUAACCCAGGGAAUGGGUUUUGUUACAGCAAUAUACUACAAUUUAGUUCCUAAACUUUACUCGGGUGUAGGCUUUAAGAGUAUUUCUCGUGAUGCUUCGCCUAGAGCAAAUAUUGAUAAAUAUAGCAUAUUACUUGAGAAUAAUGUUAAAUGGGUAUUAUACAUGACCAUUUUGCCAGGGCAAUCAUUAAAUAUGACACUUGUAGAUGGUAAUACUAUUGUAGGUGACAAGCGUGUCAAUGGAUGUAUUCUACAAGUAACUGCUGAUUCAAAUCCCGAAUUAGGACACGCAGCUGGUUGUUAUGCUGACUCUGCUAUAUUAGAAGGUUCCGUUUCUGGUUCAGAUGGUUAUUACAGAAUAAAAUAUGACACGAAGGGUGAAUCAGAAAGUGGAACACCUUUAGUCUAUGCUCUGCCACAUCAUUACGAGAAUUUUGACACAACUGUAAUGAAUGGAAAAUAUAUGGUUUCAACUUUAGAUACCACAACUAAGGGCCAGGCAAAGGGUUAUCUAACUGAUCAAUUAGCUAUGAAAGUUAUUGUACCUUUGGAUUUACAAUUUGAUCCCUUUACCACAAUACCCAAUAAAACAGAACCCCAUUAUUCGGCUGCAACUUUAAACUCAAUUUCUGCUGCCGCACAUAAUGAUGUCACUGGUGACGUUAUUAGUGAGAGUAACCUUGAUUCAAUGUAUUUCUCUGGUAAAGCCUUGGCAAAGUAUUCCUGGAUACUUUACGUGUGCCAGUAUAUUUUGAAGGAUUCAAAUCUUGUUCAAAUAAUCCUUCCAAAGAUAAAAUCAGCUUUGGCUACAUUCACUGCUAAUAAGCAAAUAUUACCCCUAAGAUAUGACCAAACGUGGUAUGGUCUUAUUUCUUCUGGAGAUAGCGCUCAAGAUUUUGGUAACUCAUUUUAUAACGACCACCAUUUCCACUACUCAUACCAUGUCAUAGCUGCUGCAAUUGUGGCCAAGAUCGAUAAAGAAAUUGGUACUGGAACAUGGUUCGAUGAAAACAAGGCCUGGGUUGAAACACUACUAAGAGAUUACGCCAAUCCUUCUUCAUCAGACCCAUAUUUCCCAGUUUUCAGAUCCUUCGAUUGGUUCAAUGGACAUUCCUGGGCAAAAGGCUUGUUCGAAAGCGGGGAUGGAAAGGACCAAGAAUCUACUUCAGAAGAUAUCAACGCUUCCUAUGCCAUUAAACUAUGGGGUAUAGUAAGUGGAAAUAAGCAUUUAGAAAAUAUAGGAAACUUGAUGCUGGGUGUUCAACGUACCUCUGUAAAUCACUAUUUCUUAUAUCUUGAUAGCAACACUACACAACCAAAACAAUUUAUCCCGAACAAAGUUAGUGGCAUUCUAUUUGAGAACAAGAUCGAUCACACUACUUAUUUUGGAAAUAACUUGGAAUAUAUCCAGAUGAUACAUGCUAUUCCGAUUACACCGGCUUCUUCUUUUGUUAGAAGCCCUCAGUUUGUGCAGGAAGAAUGGGACGAAGUACUAACUCCAAUUGUCAACGAUGUCAACGAUGGUUGGAAAGGUAUUAUAAUGCUAAACGUUGCAUUAAAAGAUCCACAAACCUCAUACGAUUUCUUUAACGACCAAAAUUUCCAACCAGCUUAUCUGGAUGGUGGCCAGAGUAAGACUUGGUCAUUGGCAUACGCUGGCGCCUUCAUUUAA